AUGGCUGUUGGAAAGAACAAGAGAUUGUCCAAGGGCAAGAAGGGUCUCAAGAAGAAGACCCAGGACCCCUUCGCCCGCAAGGACUGGUACUCCCUGAAGGCACCGGCCCCUUUCAACAUCCGAGAUGUCGGUAAGACCCUGGUCAACAGAACCACCGGUCUCAAGAACGCCAACGAUGCUCUGAAGGGCCGCAUCGUCGAGGUCUCUCUGGCCGAUCUCCAGAAGGACGAGGACCACUCCUUCCGCAAGAUCAAGCUCCGUGUCGACGAGGUCCAGGGCAAGAACUGCCUGACCAACUUCCACGGUCUCGACUUCACCUCUGACAAGCUGCGAUCGCUCGUCCGCAAGUGGCAAUCCCUGAUUGAGGCCAACAUCACCAUCAAGACCUCUGACGACUACCUCCUCCGCCUCUUUGCCAUUGCUUUCACCAAGCGCCGCCCCAACCAGAUCCGCAAGACCACCUACGCUGCAUCAUCUCAGAUCCGUGCCAUCCGCAAGAAGAUGGUUGAGAUCAUCCAGCGUGAGGCUGCCAGCUGCACUCUCCAGCAGUUUGUUUCCAAGCUCAUCCCUGAGGUUAUUGGUCGCGAGAUCGAGAAGGCCACCCAGGGCAUCUACCCCCUCCAGAACGUCCACAUCCGCAAGGUCAAGCUCCUGAAGUCGCCCAAGUUCGACCUCGGUGGCCUCCUGGCCCUGCACGGCGAGUCGACUACAAACGAGGACGGCCAGAAGAUUGAGCGGGAGUUCAAGGAGCGGGUGCUUGAGGAGGUCUAA